GCCUGAACGGACUGGGGGAGGGGAGCGCGGGGCAGAUGGUCUCUGGGAAAAAGCAAAAGGCGGGUGCAGGGCUGCCUCCCAAGGCUCUACUUGCUUGCAUUUCCUCCCGCUUUGCUGAGUUGGGAGUCGCGACCUCCAGGACAGAACCAUGCAGGAAUUGUUCUGGACCCUAUACCAUAAGAUCCUGGUGGGAUUCAUGGAGGUAAAAACCCAUGAAAGUGUGGGUUCCCCCUUAAGACUAUGAUCCCAGAAGUCUCUCCUUCUCAAGGUGGACCACACUCAGCCUCCAGCAGUUCAUCAAAAUUACCAUUUAAGUGAAUGGAGUUUCUCCUCCAGAUUUUCUAAGAUGUGGUGCUGCAGGCUGUCCCAUCUACACGGCAGGCUCCAGAACCUGCUGAGCAGAGGAGUCACAUGCUCAGCCUUCCAACAGCCCAACUUCAAAAGCUUGUUCCCAUUAGCCAUCCGUUGGCACCAUACGGCCUCCAAGUCUCUGAACUGUGCUUGGCAGCAACACGAAGAUCAUUUUGAACUGCAGUAUGCAAACACCGUGAUGCGCUUUGAUUAUGUGUGGCUUCGAGACCACUGCCGCUCAGCAUCUUGCUACAACUCCAAGACCCACCAGCGUAGCCUGGACACUGCCAGUGUAGAUUUAUGCAUCAAGCCAAAGACCAUUCGUCUGGAUGAGACCACACUCUUUUUCACUUGGCCAGAUGGUCAUGUGACUAAAUAUGAUUUGGAUUGGCUGGUGAAAAACAGCUAUGAAGGGCAGAAACAAAAGGUCAUCCAGCCUAGAAUCUUAUGGAAUGCUGAAAUCUACCAGCAAGCCCAAGUUCCAUCUGUAGAUUUCCAGAGCUUCCUAGAAACAAAUGAUGGAUUAAAGAACUUUCUGCAAAAUUUUCUGCUGUAUGGAAUUGCAUUUGUAGAAAAUGUCCCUCCCACUCAAGAACACACAGAGAAGUUGGCUGAAAGGAUCAGCUUGAUCAGAGAAACCAUCUAUGGGAGGAUGUGGUAUUUCACUUCAGACUUCUCCAGGGGUGACACUGCAUACACCAAGCUGGCUUUGGAUCGGCACACUGACACUGCCUAUUUUCAGGAGCCCUGUGGCAUUCAAGUGUUUCACUGUCUUAAGCAUGAAGGAACAGGUGGCAGGACACUGCUGGUAGAUGGAUUCUAUGCAGCAGAUCAGGUACUUCAAAAGGCACCUGAGGAAUUUGAACUCCUCACCAAAGUGCCACUGAGGCAUGAAUAUAUUGAAAAUGUUGGCGAAUGUCACAACCACAUGGUUGGGGUUGGGCCAGUCUUAAAUACCUACCCAUGGAAUAAAGAGCUGUAUUUGAUCAGAUACAACAACUAUGACAGAGCUGUCAUCAAUACUGUGCCUUAUGAUGUUGUCCAUCGUUGGUAUACAGCACACCGGACUCUGACAGUAGAGUUGAGGAGACCUGAGAAUGAGUUUUGGGUCAAACUAAAGCCUGGCAGGGUUCUAUUUAUAGACAACUGGCGUGUCCUACAUGGCAGGGAAUCCUUCACUGGCUAUCGCCAACUCUGUGGCUGCUAUUUAACAAGGGAUGAUGUAUCAAACACUGCUCGUCUCUUGGGGCUUCAGGCUUAAAAUUGACAGCAUUAGGAUUAUGAACACACCCGACACCCUGCCUACCAGAAUUUCAUAUCAGCAGAAUAAUAUUGUGUCAAUAUCUACUUCAAAUUGUCUCUUUAUCUCAUCACACAAAACAGAAGUUGCAACUGGAUCAGUUAGAAAGGAAAGCAUUUUAGGAAUACCAAAGCCUUUAUAAAGCAGGAUAAAGCAAAAUGUUUGGUCUUAGGACACGUUAACACUAUUAAAAGUCAUUGAGGACCCCAAAAAGUUCUUGGAUGUGGAUUAUAUCUAUUGAUACUAACUGUAUUAGAUAUUAAGACUGAGAAAUGUUUAAAAUUCAAGAACACAAAAUCACACAUCCCUCUCAGUAUCAGAGAGAUGACAUCAUCACACAUCAGGUAGCCUUUGGAAAAGCCUCUGUACAUUUAUGAGAUAAUGGGAGUUAAAAAGGCAAAUGUCACCUUAGUGUUAUCAUAAAAAUAGUUUUUAAACUACAGGCCCACUAAAAGGGUCUCAAGGAUCCUUACAGGUGUUUUCAGACCACUCUUUAAGAACCAGUGAGCUGGAGGAUACCUUAGGACAGUCCUUUACAUAGACCUGUGGAUUAAAGAGUUUAACUUAAACCCUACAUUUAUACCUACAGUGUCCUAUAACUACAGAUACUACAGAAAUUGCUUCAUAACACAAGCUCUGUGAUAAGGGAGUAACUAAAUACAAACACAUGUUUGUAUCUUACAAGAAGAGUUAUCUCCAUCCACGUCAUCUUGAGGAGUUAAACUAUGAAGUCACAAUAGCUCCUGUGGAACAAAACCAUCAGUUCAAUAAUUGUGUGAGGGAUAAUUACAGAAUGUUUUUAGAGACUUCUGAGGUUCCAUAUGAUAAUGCAUAUAUACACACAUACGCCACAAGAGAGUACAGAGGGUUAGUCUGUAAGACUGUUCAGUGAACUCAUCAUGAUAGAUAAUGUGCUUCCAAAGAAUUGGACAUCAUUAUCCAAACUUGCAUUUUUUCUUUUGAUGGAAUUUAGGAUGCAAUCUGUUUUCUCCAUUUCUGCUGAUCUUUUUUUUCUUCUCUUAAAAUAUUACACGUUUUAAUUGCUAAGAUUUGACAGAGUUAAGUUUAAUACCUUGUUUCUUUUAUUUUUUUAAUGGCUUCCUUUACAUAUGGGUAGAGAGACAGAGAGAUGGGUAUGAGGCUUAUUUUCCCCUAGGUUUCAUUGAAAGUGAAGCUGUACAAUAACUUCAUUGACCACUAUAGAAUGAUGAAAGAGAAUCCAGGCUACUAUGUGCACAAGAGGAAAAAAAGCAUUAUUAGUGAGGAUAAAAGUCACAAAUCAAAACCAAUAUUCUGAUAGAGAGUAGAGUCUAAUCUAAUAUUCACAAAGAGUCCCUAGUUCACAUUUAGUAAUUUAUGCAUUAUCUAAUUGACUCACCCAGUGUCCUAAAGUAUGUUCUCAAAAUAUUUCUCCAUUUUAUUUGUAGUAUAUAGGAAUCUUUAAGGGUCUUCAUGAAAUUUGUCAUCCUUAGGUCAAAAGAUUGAUAAUUAAGUCUAGGUUUUAAAGAAUAUACCCGUUAGCAAUCAGAGCAGAAGUAACACUUUAACAUGCAGUCUAUUCUCCCUACUGUUAUAUAUUUCUGAAAUAUGUCACCAUUAGUAUUCAUCAGGAUAUUUACCUUUUUUGAAGUCUUGCUUAACUUAGCCUUGAAAAUUAUAUUUUAACUACAGUCAGCAUUGAUUUAUAACAAGCAAAUCACAUAUUCAGGGCUCUGGAGAGACAGGGAUACAGAUCAGUCUUUCUCGCUAAAGGAUUUCCUUUACCUUCUGUCUCACCUAGGACCUUGAUUCAUUAAUUAUUUCACCCUCGCUUGCCUAAAUUUUCAAUCCAUACUUUUCUACAAUGUACUCUUUUCACAGGAAGAAAGAAGGAAGGUAAUCAUUUGAGUAUUGCCCAUGGUGCAUUGAAAACUUUCUUUGUGAGACGUUUCUUUUUUACAUCUCUUUCUUGUGUCCCUGAAUAUGUAAGCAUGGAGUCUCUGUCUACCAAGCUCAGUGUAAAGUUACUUUUACCUUUUGCUAAGGUGGGAUGGGAUCCGUGGGUCAGGAGCACUGCGCCUAUCAUAGUGUUCCAUAGCACCUAACAUAAUCACUACAUAAUACAAAUUUGUUGGAAUAAGAAUAAAUUAAUAAAUCAUUUUCAAAUAAAUUCACCAGAAAUUA